GAGACUAAGGGGGGGAAAUCAGCUGGAGCUGAGGGGGGCAAAAUAAUAUAAAGCGAUAAAUUAUACAAAAAUUGCGAGAGAGAAAAUUACCGCCCGCCCGCCCGGCACGGGAACUCGAGGCAGGGCGGCCUGCGAUGGAGGAUAAGAAAGACGAGCGGGAGUCGGAGAUUCAGGAGCACUGCCCCGAGCACUGGUUCUCCAAAUGGGAGCGGCAGUGCCUGGCCGAGAGCGAGCAGCAGCAGCAGGCCGAGGCCGAGAGGGCGUCGCUGGAGCAGGAGCAGAGCCAGCAGAAGCUGUGGCAUCUCUUCCAGAACUCGGCCACGGCGGUGGCCCAGCUCUAUAAAGAUCGAGUGUGUCAGCAACAAGGGCUGUCACUCUGGGUUCCGUUUCAAAAUGCCGCCUCGGCUGUCACCAAUGUGUAUAAAGAAAGUAUUGAAGCUCAGCGCAGAAGUUAUGAUUUAGGAAUUCAGGUCGGUUAUCAACGUCGUAAUAAGGAUGUGUUAGCUUGGGUAAAAAAGCGGAGACGAACCAUUCGGAGGGAAGAUUUGAUCAGCUUCUUAUGUGGAAAAGCACCACCGCCACGCAGUACCAGAGCUCCCCCUAGACUGACAGUUGUUACCUCGCCCACCAGAACACCCACAGCAGAAGCUAACUCAUCUGUAGAGACGGACUUGCAGCCUUUCCGUGAAGCCAUUGCACUACACGGCCUUAGUGGAGCAAUGGCUAGUAUAAGCGUGCGCUCAAGUACUCCUGGAUCUCCCACUCAUGUAAGUGGUAGCUCUAACUCUUCACGCAGGAGAAAUGGACUCCAUGAUGUGGAUUUGAACACUUUCAUAUCAGAAGAAAUGGCACUCCAUUUGGACAAUGGUGGCACUAGGAAGCGUUCCUCAGCCCAGUGUACUGAUGUGAUCACUGAUUCCCCAACGCACAAACGCAAUCGAAUGCUUUGAACUUUUAUAUUGUCGCCAUGCUACUUGAAAGCCACUUGAUACUCGACACUUUCUUGAAUGGAAAUGGAGGGCCAUCGUAACUAGUUUGAUUGUGAAAGUACAAGUGAAUUCAAUAAUGAUUGCCAUAAAGGAAGUUCUAACUAAUGCGGUAGAUGCUUCUUGUAAUUAUGGCUUUCCCAGUACUGGUCUUGUGACAGAGGACAUCCAAUCAUUUGUGUAGUAGUUAGCAAGAUCAUCAUAGGUAAACACAUUAGGUUCCAAGCUAAAGUGACCUUAACUUUUUUCUCUUUAAGGGAAGGGUGAUUUGGAUGUUAAUUUGGUUAACAUGUUAAUUGCCCUUUUUAUUUUCUGCUGUGUUGACUGCUUGAACAGUUGCCAAUAUAUCACUGGUAUCAUUUAUGUUAAAAUAGCCUCUUUCGUCAAAUCUCCAGACUUCCAUUUUAAAGCACUGUACUAAGACACUACUGGUUUUCGUAUAGUGCAAGUACAUACAUUGUAUUGAUAUUGGAUUACUUUUAUUUAGACUCAAGCAGCUGCUAAUUCUGUCGAUUGUGAAAAUGGUGCUAUGAUGGUCAUGCAAUGAAUACUAAAUAUCAAAAAAAAUCAACAAAGAUCUUUAUUGGAUUCACUUCUUGUGUUUGUGUUGCAAAACAUACAAAAAUACUAUUGACUUUCCCGUAAAUUCUAAAGUACUCUUGUUAUGUUUAAAUAUAUAAAUAUAUAUAAAUAUAUGUAAUGUGUAUAUACUAAGCAUUUGAAUGCUGGUAUGAUACUCGUUCUACAGAAUGUAAAUAAAAUGUGCACACUGAACCCUGGAGUGGAUAUCCAAAAUUAGAGCUGCAUCAUGCUUGCUUUUAAAUGUUUUUUCACACAAUGGAGUUGGUUCAGAUGGCUCUUGGAACAAAUCUUUGGGUAGAAAAUGACAACUUAGUUGUUUAGUGGCCUGCUCACUCUUGAAUUGUCAGCAGUAGUUAGUUAAAGAAGGUUGAUUACUUUUGUGAAGAUAAUUGCGUAAACUACUUGCAUUAAAUCUGAAGAAAUGCUUUUCGUCGAAUUGUAAUUCGGUGACCUCUGAUUGCAUUGUGGUGAUGUUUGAAAGAGGAGCCUUAUAUUGUCAGUUUUUGGGGGAAUUUUAACUUCUGAAUUUACACUGUGGUAAGCAGGCUUAGCAAAAAACUUCUGCAAUUUACUGUAAUUUUAAAGGAGAUCAGUUUGAGUUAAUUUGCAUUUUGAUUUUCAAGUUAAAAUCCUUAGCUGUGGGUCGCUACGUAGUCCAACUUGCACAAAAACUUGAUGUACACACACACACACACUAACUCAACAAAUUUGCCCAUUUGCACAUGCAGACAGAUACCAGUCUUGAUGGCUAUUUUGAUUUGACUUGUUUUCUCACUGGGAAAGCUAUGCAAAGUGCAAUUUUACUGUUUCAAGUAAUACUAACUGGGGGGUGUUGUCUGUUGGCCUCUCCUGCUUGUUUGCAGUUAGACAACCCAGCCAGCCUAAAAGAGGGCUUGCUUUUUAAGCCAGAGGCAGUAGGGAUAUGCUGCAAGGCAGCACUUUUGUUUUUUUUUGUAAUAGUUAUAAUUUUUAGGUAAAUUAAUCUUCAAUCUAUAGUUCCCUGUUUUCCUUACCCACCCCUCCCAGUCACUCACUCCAAGCCAGAUAUAAGUUGUAUUGGCAAAGAUUAGAAACCAUGUCAGUGGUUUCUGGAGAGGCUUGUUUGAAAAUGAUUUGAAAGUGCAAGGAGGGCUUCAACUGAUCCUGGAUUUCCUAAUGAAAAUCCACAUGGUAAGAACCGAGUACAUCUCUUAAAUGCUGACCUGUAUUAGAUUUUUUUUGUGAAAUUUUAUUUUGGUCUCUAGAUUCCUUUUCACUUUGGGAAUGCUAGGAGCUCAGGAUGAUCAACUUAGUAUUAAAAAAAAAUGUUUUAUGGUCAGAAAUUGUGUUAAAUUGUUUGUGUGGUUGGUGCGGAGGGGGGCAGUGUAAAAUCCAGCUGCCCAUGUUUUGCAGUUUCACUGUUUGAACGCGCAUGGUGUUUUGCGGUGGAGUGAAGGAAGCUGUUCGUGAUAUUUUUACAGGUUUCUGGCGGGGGGGGGGGGAAUGUAACGUAAUUCAAAAAGUGAAAAUAAGGCUUUCAGCAAACUUUGCACUAACAGUUUUUCUGUUUACAUUUGACAUUUACAUGUCUGUUCACAUUCUUGCCACAACCCCCUCGAAUGAUCUUUUGCAGUAGUUUUUUUGCCACUUUUCUAGCUAAAUGUAUAAUGUUAAAUCUAGGUGAUGAAGUACAGUAGUGAUAGGUCACCACCUUUGAGGCGAUUGAUAAAAUUCCAUAAAUGUUUUGAUAAGGUUAAAUUUUAAUAGUGUUCUGAGAAGGUAUUACCAGAUACCUCAGUGAAAAGGUGCCUGGAUGAGUUUAAGUUGCACGCUGUUUGCUUUUGUUGAAGUAUUUUCAUUUGGUGGAAACCACUGUAAACUGUAAUUGCCAUUUUAAGAAUAGGUAAUUGACAGUUUUAUGCAUUAAAAGUUUGUAUCAAAAUGUUACUUUAACUGUAGCGUGCACUUGGAGAAAGAAUAAACACCAUGCAAAUCAGAUGUUGAUUUUUUUCCAUUG